AUGGUCCUUGUAGAUUUGUUUCCGCACCUGUUUCGCGACGAGUACCCUCGCGAGCUGGGUUGCUACCCGCGCCCCUUCAAUGAAGGCGGCACGUUGCUCGACUAUGAUGACUUCGAAGACUACGCGCCGAUUGCAACGGGCAAGGCCACUACCGUGUUCAAGGCCACGCACUGCUCGAGUGGCACGGUUGUCGCCAUCAAGGCCAUCGUACGCGCGUCAAUGACGUACGGCGCGUGUGUGAACUUUCGGCGGGCGGUUGAAUUUGGAUUCCACAUUCAAGAUCCCGCGGUCGUGCCCGUCUUUGGGUGGUUUUACACAAACGACAAAGUCUUCAUUGUCAUGGAGUACUGCGUCAAGGGCGACUUACACACCGUUUACCCGGCGCCAGAUCCUGUUGCACCUUGGGAAGUUGCCAACGUGGCUCGGCAGCUGGUCCAAGGCCUCAAGACCAUCCACGGCAACGGCGUCGCUCACCGCCGCCUCACGCUCGACAAUAUUCUUGUCACUGAAGACGGCACGGUGAAGAUCGCAAACUUUGGUGGGGCCGCUCGGGGCAAGCGGGUCGACGUGUGGAGCCUUGGCAUCGUCCUCUUCACGCUUCUCUCGGGGGCCACGCCGGUCACCGACGGCGACGGCGACACGUUGUUGCCCCUCCAAUUCCCCGACGACAUGUCGGUCGAUGGCAUCGACUUAAUCACCCAGAUCCUCGUCGACGACGAGACGAAGCGACUCUCACUCAGCGCCAUUGAGGCGCACGCGUUCCUCGCCACGGACAACUAG